GUACUCACCCAAUAUGAUAACCUGGCAUUUUUGCAGCACCAAACCAGAGCAGUCUGCAUAAUUCACCAAGACCACAUUAAUUCCAGUAUUUAAAAAGCCCAGAAAUCAUAUGGACAACAGAUUUCCCAACAGGGAACUUUUUAAGGAGCAGACAUGGCAGAAUCCGGAGACUACGUUGGGCAUUUCCUGCAGGAGUUCAAGGAAGAGAUCAUUGCAUGGACAACACACUCAGAUGAAAUAAUAACUGCAGUGAUCUCUGAAAAUUUGAUCAGUGAUGAGGCAGCUCGCAAAGUGCAGGCUGCAGAGUCUGAGCAGGAAGUGAUGAGGCUUCUUUUUGAAGCCUUGGAAAGAGAACCGUCCCAACACAGAGUGUCUUUCCAUCUCAUACUGAGACUGACAGAGCCUAAACUCAUCAGGGAGUUAGAGCAGAGACAACGAAACAGUAAACAGACACAGACAGAAGAGGAUCAAUUGUUUGGAGAUCCAACAAAGAACGUGCACAUUAUAGUGCCACACAGGGCUGACAUACAAACAAAGAAUGACUCACUGAAGAGAAGGAGGCUGGGGUCUAUCAGUGCUCAAGAGCAGUCUGGACAGCUUUUGGAGGGCACAGGACAAGAGAGAAAUGAGGUGGCUGAUUUGAAGGAAAGGAUUGAACAACAACAAGAUGAAAUAGCCAAGUUGACAGAGGAGAAAAAACAUCAAGAAAAUAUAAUAACCCAGAUGAAGACAGAACUGGCAAUAAUAAAAGAAAAGAAUCUCCAGAGCAAUGAAGAGAUAAACAGAGAGAAAAGCAGAAUUGAACAAAUCAUGGCUGAUCUUCAGAAAGAGAGGGUAAUGUUAGAUCAUAGGCAUGAUGAAAUGCUAAAGGAAAGACAACAUUUAGAUAUGACGAAGAUAGAAAUUAUGAGAGAAAAGGAAGAAACCGAAAACAAAAUUUUAAUAGCAAAAAAAGAGAUGGAAAAGAUGCAACAACUUAAAGAUGAAAUUAAACAACAAACAGAGGACCUGGAUGAAAAAAUGCAGAGGGCAAAGAAAGAGACAGGAGAGAUGGAGAUUGCGAAAAAAGAGGUGGAAUGGAAGAAAAAAGAGCUUGAUAAAAGGAUGAGACAGAGCAUUAGAAAAAAAGAUGAGAUAGAAAGGAUGAAGAAAGAGGUGCAGAGAGAAAAAGAAGAGGUGGAGCGUGAGAGAAGAGCCACAGAGAGAGAGAAGCAUGACAUUGAACGCGUUAAGACCGAAAUACAAAGAGCGACAGAAGAGCUGAAGAUGAGGGUGGACUCAGAUCAGGAUGAAGAAGAACAAAUGAAUGCCGACAUAAUAAAACUGAUUCAGCAGAUUGAAGUUAUUCGAGAAAUUGUGUGGGAAACAAAAGUUGGCAUGGAAAACAGGAUGAAGGAAAGUCAAAUGGAGAAGGAUGACAGAGAGCAGACAAAUGCUGAGUUGCAAAGAUUAAUUAAAGAGAUUGAGCAAAUCAGAGACAUGCUGCAAAGACUGAGAAGAGAGGGUGAACAAAACAAGGAAACAAUUAAAAGAGAGAGGGACGAAAUGAGACACCUGAGGACUGAGAUUGAACAAAAGAGAAAAGAAUUGGAAUUGCGGGAAGAAAAUAUGCUGAGAGAGAGGGGAGAGCUGGAGAGGUUAAGAGCCGUGGUACAGCAACAAAAAUCAGAAAUAGAGAAGAGGAUAGAAGAUGAAUCUGCUUUGAAGGAGCUACACCAAGAAAGGGAGCAAAUGAGGAAAGUAAAAGAGAAAUCUGAAUUUAGUGAAUGGGACACCAAGGAAGUUAAGAUAUUAUCACAAAGGAAGGACCUGGAAAGUAAGAUUUCAAAACAAACAGAAGAAAAAGGAAUACAGACUGAGUAUGUGGAUGGGCAGAUGGAGGCACACCGACAACAACAAGAGUUGGAGGUCAUAAAGGGCACUAUCAGGAGAGAGAAAACAGAGCUUGAGGUGAUGAGGUCUGAAUUUGAAGCCUACAAGAGACACGUGGAGGACAAUUUAAGAAAAUCUUUAAAGACAGAGAAGGGAGAACUGGAUGUUAUCCGUACUGAGAUAGAACAAGAGAAGAAACUAAUUGAAAGCAGCAAGGAAAACUUGAAACGAGAGAGAGAUUAUAUGGAACAGAAGAAAGCUGAGAUAGAGGGAGAAAUAGAGCAGAUCAAAAACAACUUUGAGAAGAUUCAGAAUGAGAAGCUCUAUUUGGAGAAGACCAAAGCUGAGAUUCAAAGGACCACAAGCCAUCUUCAAAAGGAGAGAGAAAUAAUUGAGGGCCUCCUUGAAGACAACAAGACAAAGAAGGAAGACAUUAAUAGAAUGUAUGCUGAGAUGGAAAAACAGAGGAAAGAACUGGAGAAAAACAAAGACAAGAUUGAAAAGGACAAGAGUGACUUGGAGAAGUCAAAAGCAGACAUGGAGAUAAGGAGAAAAGAGUUUCAAAACCAGGUUGAAAACCAAAGGGAAAACGUUGAGAAAAUAAUGAUGAAAUUACAGGAAGAGAAAGAAAACAUUGAGCACAUGAAAGACAAUGCCACAAAACAGAUCAAAGUCAUUCAAGAAGAAAACAACAAAGUCAGUCUCAGAAAGGAAGAACUAGAGCACUUGAACAUCAAAAUUCAAAUAAAUAAAAAAGAGCUAGAAGACAUGAAGAACACUGUGAUGCAGGAGAAGAGUCAACUUGAGAACAGAGUGACUGAUCUGCAUCAACAGCAACAAAAGCUGGAGGAAAUGAAGAACAUCAUCAGCAGAGAGAAGAAGGAACUUGAGAUGGCAAGGUCUAAUCUUGAAGCCUAUAAGCGACAAAUGGAGGAAAAUUUAAGGGAAUCUUUAAGCACAGAGAAGGGAGAACUGGAGCUUAUCCGGGCUGAGAUAGAAAAAGAGAAGAAAUUAAUCGAAAGCAGCAAGGAACACUUGAAAAAAGAAAGGAAUGAGAUUGAACAAAAGAGGGCUGGGUUGGACAUGAAAAUUGAGCAGAUCAGGGACAACCUUGAAAAGCUUAAAAAUGAGAGGGUUGAACUGGAGAAGAGCAAGACUGAGAUUCAACGUAAAAUUGAGGAAGUUGAGACACUAGAUGCGAUAGACUAUAAGAUGGAACAAGUGAAAAGGGAGAUGAAUAAUUUGGAAGAAAUAAAGGCUGAUUUGCUGAUGCUAAAACAGGAGAUAGAGAAGAGGUCUUCAGAGACACAGCAGGAAAGGGUUGAAAUUGAACAAAUAAAGUCAAAGAUACUUGAAGAAAAGGAUAACAUUGAAGGCAAAAUGCAAACAAUAAAAUUAGAGAUGGAAGAACUGAAGUUCUUAAGGAAUGAAAUACAGCAAAAGAACAAGGAAGUGGAAGACAAGCUACAAAAGUCAAAACAAACAAUGGAAGAAGUGGAGAUCGUAAAGGCUGAGAUUGCAAGGGAGAAAAAAGAUCUUGAUCAACAAAUGCGGCAGAUCGCAAGGAAAAAAGCUGAGCUGAAUAGUAUUAGGGCUGAGAUAGAGAACACAAAGAGAGAAAGAGAGGAGAGGGAAAGUAAAAUGGCAGAUGUAGGAAUCGAGAGAGCAGAGAUAGAGCAGAUAAAGUUGCACACAGGGAAAGAAAGAGAAGAAAUUAAGGUACAAAUGCAAAGACUAAAUACUGAAAAAGAUCAGUUAAAGCUCUUGAUGGAUGAAAUACAGAAGGAGAAAGAAGAAUUAGAGAAUAAGAUGGAAAACAUAAAACGGGAGACAGCGGAAAUGGAAAUCAUAAGGACUGAGAUGAAUCAGAGGAGAAAGGACCUUGACCAAAAAAUGAGACAAAUCAUGAGGAAGAAAGAGGAGGUAGAUAGAGUAAAGAUGGAGAUAGAGAAAGAAAAAGAAGAACUUGAACAAGAAAAAGGAAUGAUGAUGAGGCAGAAGCAUGAAUUAGAUCAGGUUAAAGCAGAAAUACAAAGAGCAAGAGAAGAAUCUGGAGUUUGGAGAAGUGAAGGAACAUAUCAAGGAGAAAAAGAACAGUUAACUGAGGAGAUUGAAAAAACCAAAGUUAUGUUACAAGAACUUAAGACAGAUAUAGAUAACAGGAUUCAAAUGGAAGCUGAUGAAAAAGAGAAAAUACAAGCUGAUAUAAAGAAAGUGAUAAGUGAAACUGAAGAUCUCCAAGUGUUUCUGGGACAAAGAAAAUGGCAGACAGAAAUGAUCAUGAGAAAGAUGAGUGACCUGGGAAAACAGAGGUCCGAAACUGAAGAAGAAGCAGAAAAAAUGGCAGCUGAAGAGUAUGAGACGCCCAGUUUUCAUACAACAACGGGAAGAUUUGACAUCAGAGAGGUUGCGGCCGAUAUAAAAGUAGAUCAAAAUGAGCAGGUGAUUGCUGAUUUACAGACACUGAUACGAGAGAUCGAAGGAGUGAGAGAUAUGGUUAAAAAAACAAAUGAUGAUUUGCAAAACAAAAUGGAGGAAAGUGAAUUUGACACUGCCCAAAGACAACAGACGAGAACUGAGAUGGAAAGGCUAAUUCAGGAAACUGCAAAAAUUAGGGAAGCUUUGAGAGGAAUACAAAGAGAAGUCAAAAUAACAAUAGCAGAAAAGCAAGCUAUGGAGAAUCUAAUACGGCAGAUGGAGAGUCAGAAAGAAAGAAUGGAGGAACAAAUGCAAGAGAGGAUCAAAAUGGAGAACAAUUAUUUGGAACAACAAAAGGCUGAAUUAAAGAUGCUAGGAGACAUGACCGAAGCCAAGAUGCAACAGAUAAAGACAGAUGUCGAUAAACUAGAAAAGAUGGAGGAUGAUUUAAAGAAAGAAAGAGAGGAGAUGGAAAGUAAAAUGGCAGAUGCAGAAAAAGAGAGAGCAGAGAUAGAGCAGAUAAAGUCACAGACAGGGAAAGAAAGAGAAGAAAUUAAGGUACAAAUGCAAAGACUAAAUACUGAAAAAGACCAGUUAAAGCUCUUGAUUGAUGAAAUACAGAAGGAGAAAGAAGAAUUAGAGAAUAAGAUGGAAAACAUAAAACGGGAGACAGAGGAAAUGGAAAUCAUAAGGACUGAGAUGAAUCAGAGGAGAAAGGACCUUGACCAAAAAAUGAGACAAAUCAUGAGGAAGAAAGAGGAGGUAGAUAGAGUAAAGAUGGAGAUAGAGAAAGAAAAAGAAGAACUUGAACAAGAAAAAGGAAUGAUGAUGAGGCAGAAGCAUGAAUUAGAUCAAGAUAAAGCAGAAAUACAAAGGGCAAGAGAAGAAUCUGGAGUUUGGAGAAGUGAAGGAACAUAUCAAGGAGAAAAAGAACAGUUGACUGAGGAGAUUGAAAAAACCAAAGUUAUGUUACAAGAACUUAAGACAGAUAUUGAUAACAGGAUUCAAUUGGAAGCUGAUGAAAAAGAGAAAAUACAAGCUGAUAUAAAGAAAGUGUUGAGUGAGACUGAAGAACUCCAAAAGUUUCUGGGACAAAGGAAAUGGCAGAAAGAACUGAUCAUACGAAAGAUGGGUGACUUAAGAAGACUGAAGUCUGAAACUGAAAAACAAGUGGAAAAAAGGACAGAAACUUUAACAUCAAAGGGACAGAAGAAGAAAGCUGAGAAAAUGAAGGGCCAAAUCGAAAGGGGUAAGGAAGAAACUGACAGUGUAGUUGAGGAGAUAAAGAAGGAAAAGGAGGACUUCGAAAAGUUCAAGCUUGAGCUACAAAGGCAGAAAGAAGAGAUUGAGAGGGAUAAAGAGGCCCUUGAACAGGAGAGAAAGCAGAUGAAUGAGAAAUGGGCUGAAUUAGAGAGAGGAAGGGAUGAACUGGACUUGCGUGUUGCAAAACAAAGGGAAGAAGAUGAGCACCAGAUGGAAGCCAUAGGAAAAGCAAGAGAGUCUCUGGAAAAGAUCAGGACAGAAACACUGAAAGAAAAACAGGAGGUUGAAAAGGAAAUCAAAAACCUGAAGCUGGAAAAAGAGCAGCUGGAAUCCUUACUGGCAGAUCUUGAAAAGCAGCGAAAAGAAAAGGAAGAGUGGCAGCAGAUGAUAGGUGCUGAGAGGACCCUGCUGGAGCAGAGACAGGUGGAAAUAAUGAAGCAACAGAAAGAGGUGGAUGAUAGUUUGGAAGACCUGAGAAAGGAGAGAGGUGACCUGGAGAAGAUGAGGGCUGAAGCUGAGCCACUAAGAGUCCAAACUGAAGAAGACGUAAGGGCAACGCUAAAGGGUGAGGGAGAAAUUGACAUCCGGAAGGCUGAGACUGAGGUGGACAAACAAAAGUUACAGGAUGAGUGGAAAGACCUGGAGGAGACCAAAGUGGACAUAUCCAGAGACGCUGAGCAUUUGAAAGACCUCUUGGAUGAGACCACCAGGGAGAGAGAGAAAGUGCAGGAACUGGCAGUCCAAACUGAAAAGGAUAAGGAAAAAAUUGAGAGAGUGAUAACAGAGACAAAGAAGGAAAAGGAGGACUUGCAAAAGCUUAGGCUUGAGCUACAAAGGCAGAAAGAGGAGAUUGAGAGUGAUAAAGAGGCCCUUGAACAGGAGAGAAGGCAAAUGAAUGAGAAAUGGGCUGAUUUAGACAGAGGAAGGGAUGAACUGGACUUGCGUGUUGCAAAACAAAGGGAAGAAGAUGAGCACCAGAUGGAAGCCAUAGGAAAAGCAAGAGAGUCUCUGGAAAAGAUCAGGACAGAAACACUGACAGAAAAACAGGAGGUUGAAAAGGAAAUCAAAAACCUGAAGCUGGAAAAAGAGCAGCUGGAAGCCUUACUGGCAGAUCUUGAAAAGCAGCGAAAAGAAAAGGAAGAGUGGCAGCAGAUGAUAGGUGCUGAGAGGACCCUGCUGGAGCAGAGACAGGUGGAAAUAAUGAAGCAACAGAAAGAGAUGGAUGAUAGUUUGGAAGACCUGAGAAAGGAGAGAAGUGACCUGGAGAAGAUGAGGGCUGAAGCUGAGCCACUAAGAGUCCAAACUGAAGGAGAUGUAAGAGCAACACUAAAGUUUGAGAGAGAAGAAAUCGACAUUCUGAAGGCUGAGAUUGAAGUGGACAAACAAACGUUACAGGAUGAGUGGAAAGACCUGGAGCGGACCAAGGCGGACAUAGCCAGAGACACUGAGCAUUUGAAAGACCUCUUGGAUGAGACCACCAGGGAGAGAGAGAAAGUGCAGGAAAUGACAGUCCAAACUGAAAAGGAUAAGGAGAAAAUUGAGAGAGUAAUAACAGAGACAAAGAAGGAAAAGGAGGACUUGCAAAAGUUUAGGCUCGAGCUACAAAGGCAGAAAGAAGAGAUUGAGAGUGAUAAAGAGGCCCUUGAACAGGAGAGAAGGCAAAUGAAUGAGAAAUGGGCUGAGUUAGAAAGAGGAAGGGAUGAACUGCAUGUUGCAAAACAAGGAGAAGACGAUGAGCAACAGAUGGAAGCCAUAGGAAAAACAAGAGAGUCUCUGGAACAAAUCAGGAUGGAGGCACUAAAAGAAAAACAGGAGAUUGAAAAGGUAAUCAAAAGCCUGAAGGUGGAAAAGGAGCAGCUGGAAUCCUUACUGGCAGAUCUUGAAAAGCAGCAAAAAGAAAAGGAAGAGUGGCAGCGGAUGAUGGGGGCUGAGAGGACCCUGCUGGAGCAGAGACAGGUGGAAAUAAUGAAGCAGCAGAAAGAGGUGGAUGAGAGCUUGGAAGACCUGAGAAAGGAGAGAAAUGACCUGGAGAAGAUGAGGGCUGAAGUUAAUGCAGAAUGGAGCCUGCUGGAGCAGAGAAAGGCAGAAAUAACUAAGCAGCAGAAAGAGAUGGAUGAGAGCUUGGAAGACCUAAGAAAAAAGAAAAAUGAUCUUGCAAAGAUGAAGGCUGAAGCUGAGGGACUAAGAGUCCAAAUCAAUGAUGAUGUAAAGGCAACACUAAAAGGUGAGAGAGAACAAAUUGACAGUCUAAAAGAUGAGACACUCAAAGAAGAACAAGAGGCGGGAAAGCUGAAAACUACUGCAAAACUCAAGGAGGAGGAGUUGGUAGACAUGAAGGCUAAACUAGAUGCAGAAUAUAAAGAGAUUGAAGUGGAGAAACAAAAGUUACAGGAUGAAUGGAAGGACCUGGAGCAGACCAGGGUGGACAUAACCAGAGACACUGAACACUGGAAGAGGGUCUUGGACGAGACCACCAGGGAGAGAGAGAGAGUGCAAGAAAUGACAGUCCAACUUGAAAAAGAUAAGGAAGAAAUUGAGAGUGUAGUUGAGGAGAGAAAGAAGGAAAAGGAAGACUUGCAAAAGUUUAAGCUUGAGCUACAAAGGCAGAAAGAAGAGAUUGAGAGUGAUAAAGAGACCCUUGAACAAGAGAGGAAGCAAAUGAAUGAGAAAUGGGCUGAGUUAGAAAGAGGAAGGGAUGAACUGGACUUGCGUGUGGCAAAACAAAGAGAAGAAGAUGAGCAAAAGAUGGACACGAUAGCAAAAGCAAGAGAGUCUCUGGAAAAGAUCAGGACGGAAACACUGACAGAAAAACAGGAGGUUGAAAAGGAAAUCAAAAACCUGAAGCUGGAAAAGGAGCAGCUGAAAGCUUUAUUGGCAGAUCUUGAAAAUCAGCUUAAAGAAAAGGAAGAGCGGCAGCAGAUGAUAGGUGCUGAGAGGACCCUGCUGGACCAGAGAGAGGCAGAAAUUAUCAAGCAGCAGAAAGAGAUGGAUAAGAGCUUGGAAGACCUGAGAAAGGAGAGAAAUGACCUGGAGAAGAUGAGGGCUGAAGCUGAGGCACUAAAGGUCCUAACUGAAGGAGACAUAAGAGCACAGCUAAAGGGUGAGAGAGAAGAAAUCGACAUUCUGAAGGCUGAGAUUGAAGUGGACAAACAAACGUUACAGGAUGAGUGGAAAGACCUGGAGGUGACCAAGGCGGACAUAGCCAGAGACACUGAGCAUUGGAAGAAGGUCUUGGAUGAGACCACCAGGGAGAGAGAGAAAGUGCAGGAAAUGACAGUCCAAAUUAAAAAGGAUCAGGAGGAAAUUGAGAGUGUAUUUGAGGAGGUAAAGAAGGAAAAGGAAGACUUGCAAAAGUUUAAGCUUGAGCUACAAAGGCAGAAAGAAGAGAUUGAAAGUGACAGAAAGGCUCUUGAACAGGAGAGAAGGCAAAUGAAUGAGAAAUGGGCUGAAUUAGAGAGAGGAAGGGAUGAACUGGACUUGUGUGUGGCAAAACAAGGAGAGGAGGAUGAGCAAAAGAUGGAAGCGAUAGGAAAAGCAAGAGAGUCUCUGGAAAAGAUCAGGAUGGAGGCACAGAAAGAAAAACAGAAGGUUGAAAAGGAAAUUGAAAGCCUGAAACUGGAAAAAGAGCAUCUGGAAUCCUUACUGGCAGGUCUUGAAAAUCAGCAAAAAGAAAAGGAAGAGUGGCAGCGGAUGAUGGGGGCUGAGAGGACCCUGCUGGAGCAGAGACAGGUGGAAAUAAUGAAGCAGCAGAAAGAGGUGGAUGAGAGCUUGGAAGUCCUAAGAAAGGAGAGAAAUUACCUGGAGAAGAUGAGGGCUGAAGCUGAUGCAGAAUGGAGCCUGCUGGAGCAGAGAAAGGCAAAAAUAAUCAAGCAGCAAAAAGAGGUGGAUGACAGCUUGGAAGACCUAAGAAAGGAGAGAAAUGAUCUUGCAAAGAAGAGGGCUGAAGCUGAGGGACUAAGAGUCCAAAUCAAUGAUGAUGUAAAGGCAUCACUAAAAGGUGAGAGAGAACAAAUCGACAGUCUAAAAGCUGAGACACUCAAAGAAGAAGAGACGGAAAAGCUGAAAACUACUGCAAAACUUCAGGAGGAGGAGUUGGUAGACAUGAAGGCUAAACUAGAUGCAGAAUAUAAAGAGAUUGAAGUGAAGAAACAAAAGUUACAGGAUGAGUGGAAAGACCUGGAGCAGACCAAGGCAGACAUAGCCAGAGACGCUGAGCAUUUGAAGAAGGUCUUAGACGAGACCAUCAGGGAGGGAGACAGAGAGCAGGAAAUGACAGUCCAAAUUGAAAAGGAUCAGGAGGACACUGACAGUGUAGUUGAGGAGACAAAGAAGGAAAAGGAGAACUUGCAAAAGUUGAGACUUGAGCUCCAAAGGCAGAAAGAAGAGAUUGAGAGUGAUAAAGAGGCCCUUGAACAGGAGAGAAGGCAAAUGAAUGAGAAAUGGGCUGAGUUAGAGAGAGGAAGGGAUGAACUGGACUUGCGUGUUGCAAAACAAAGAGAAGAAGAUGAGCAAAAGAUGGACAUGAUAGCAAAAGCAAGAGAGUCUCUGGAAAAGAUCAGGACGGAAACACUGACGGAAAAACAGGAGGUUGAAAAGGAAAUCAAAAACCUGAAGCUGGAAAAGGAGCAGCUGAAAGCUUUACUGGCAGAUCUUGAAAAUCAGCGAAAAGAAAAGGAAGAGUGGCAGCAGAUGAUAGGUGCUGAGAGGACCCUGCUGGACCAGAGAGAGGCAGAAAUUAUCGAGCAGCAGAAAGAGAUGGAUAAGAGCUUGGAAGACCUGAGAAAGGAGAGAAAUGACCUGGAGAAGAUGAGGGCUGAAGCUGAGGCAUUAAGGGUCCAAACUGAAGGAGAUAUAAGAGCACAGCUAAAGGGUGAGAGAGAAGAAAUCGACAUUCUGAAGGCUGAGAUUGAAGGGGACAAACAAAAGUUACAGGAUGAGUGGAAAGACCUGGAGCAGACCAAGGCAGACAUAGCCAGAGACAUUGAGCAUUGGAAGAAGGUCUUGGAUGAGACCACCAGGGAGAGAGAGAAAGUGCAGGAACUGGCAGUCCAAAUUAAAAAGGAUCAGGAGGAAAUUGAGAGUGUAGUUGAGGAGACAAAGAAGGAAAAGGAAGACUUGCAAAAGUUUAAGCUUGAGCUACAAAGGCAGAAAGAAGAGACUGAGAAUGACAGAAAGGCUCUUGAACAGGAGAGAAGGCAAAUGAAUGAGAAAUGGGCUGAUUUAGACAGAGGAAGGGAUGAACUGGACUUGCGUGUUGCAAAACAAAGGGAAGAAGAUGAGCAACAGAAGAGAGCAAGAGAAAAAGAAUGUGAGUCUCUACAAAGGAUCAGGAUGGAAACACUGGCAGAAAAGCAGGAAGUUGAAAAAGAAAUUAAAAGCCUGCAGCUGGAAAAAGAGUAUCUGGAAGGCUUACUGGCAGAUCUUGAAAAACAGUGUAAAGAAAAGGAAGAGUGGCAGCAGAUGAUAAGUGCCGAAAGGACCCUGCUGGAGCAGAGAAAGGCAGAAAUAAUGAAGAAACAGAAAGAGGUGGAUGACAGUUGGGAAAUCAUGAGAAAAGACAGAAAUGAUAUUGCAAAGAAGAGGGCUGAAGCUGAUUCACAAUGGAUCCUGCUGGAGCAGAGAAUUUUGCAAAUAAUAAAUCAGCAGAAAGAGGUGGAUGACAGCUUGGAAGUCCUAAGAAAGGAGAGAAAUGAUCUGGAGAAGAUAAGGGCUGAAGAUGAUGUACAAAGAACCCUGCUUGACCUGAGGAAAGCAGAAAUAAUCAAGCAACAGAAAGAGGUCCACGACAGUGUGGAAGUCAUGAGAAAAGAGAGAAAUGAUCUUGUGAAAAUGAGGGCUGAAGCUGAUGCACAAUGGAGCCUACUGGACAAGAGAAAGGCAGAAAUAAUCAAGCAGCAGAAAGAGGUGGAUGACAGUUUGGAAGUCCUAAGAAAGGAGAGAAAUAACCUGGAGAAGAUGAGGGCUGAAGCUGAUGCACAAUUCAGCCUGCUGGACAAGAGGAAGGCAGACAUGAUUAAGCAGCGGAAAGAGAUGGAUGACAGUUUGGAAGUCCUAAGAAAGGACAGAAAUGACCUGGAGAAGAUGAGGGCUGAAGCUAAUGCACACUGGAACCUGCUGGACAAGAGAAAGACAGAAAUUGUGAAGCAGCAGAGAGAGAUGGAUGACAGCUUUGAAGUCCUAAGGAAGGAGAGAAAUGACCUGGAGAAGAUGAGUGUUGAAGCUGAUGCACAGAUGAACCUGCUGGACAAGAGAAAGUCAGAAAUGAUGAAGCAGCAGAAAGAGAUAGAUGACAGUUUGGAGGUCAGGAGAAAAGAGAUAAAUGAUCUUGCGAAGAUUAGGGCUGAAGCUGAUGCAGAAUGGAGCCUGCUGCAGCAGAGAAAGAUGGAAAUAAUCAAGCAGCAGAAAGAGGUGGAUGACAGUUUGGAAAGCAUGCGAAAUGAGAGAAAUGAUCUUGUGAAGAUGAGAGCUGACGCUGAUGUACAAUGGAGCUUCCAGGAGCAGAGAAAGUCAGAAAUGAUGAAGCAGCAGAAAGAGUUGGAUGAGAGAUUGGAACUCAUGAAAAAUGAGAGAAAUGAUCUUGCAAAGAUGAGAGCUGAAGCUGAUGCAGAAUGGAGCCUGAUGCAGCAGAGAAAGAUGGAAAUAAUCAAGCAGCAGAAAGAGGUGGAUGACAGUUUGGAAGGCAUGCGAAAUGAGAGAAAUGAUCUUAUGAAGAUGAGAGCUGACGCUGAUGCACAAAAGAAACUGCUGGACCAGAAAAAGGUGGACACAAUGCAGCAGCAGAAAGGAGUGGAUUACAGUUUGGAAGUCCUAGGAAAGGAGAGAAAUGAUCUGGAGAAGAUGAGGGCUGAAGUUGAUGUACAAAGAAGCCUACUUGACCAGAGAAAAGCGGAAAUAAUUAGGCAACAAAAGGAGGUCCAUGACAGUGUGGAAGUCAUGAGAAAUGAGAGAAAUGAUCUUGUGAAGAUGAGGGCUGAGGCUGAUGCAGAAUGGAGCCUACUAGAGCAGAGAAAGGCAGAAAUAAUUAAACAGCAGAAAGAGCUGGAUGACAGCUUGGAAGACCUCAGAAAGGAGAGGAAUGACCUGGAGAGGAUGAGGGCUGAAGCAGAUGCAGAAUGGAGCCUGCUGGAACAGAGAAAGGAAGAAAUAAUCAAACAGCAGAAAGAAGUGGAUGACAGUUGGGAAGAUUUCAGAAAGGAGAGGAAUGACCUGGAGAAGAUGAGGGCUGAAGCAGAUGCAGAAUGGAGCCUCCUGGAACAGAGAAAGGAAGAAAUAAUCAAACAGCAGAAAGAAGUGGAUGACAACUGGGAAGACCUCAGAAAGGAGAGGAAUGACCUGGAGAAGAUGAGGGCUGAAGCUGAGGCACUAAGAGUCCAAACUGAAGGAGAUGUAAGAGCAACGCUAAAGUUUGAGAGAGAAGAAAUCGACAUUCUGAAGGCUGAGAUUGAAGUGGACAAACAAAAGUUACAGGAUGAGUGGAAAGACCUGGAGAAGACCAAGGCAGACCUAGCCAGAGACACUGAGCACUGGAAGAGGGUCUUGGAUGAGACCACCAGGGAGAGAGAGAAAGUGCAGGAAAUGACAGUCCAAAUUAAAAAGGAUCAGGAGGACACUGAGAGUGCAGCUGAGAAGACAAAGAAGGAAAAGGAGGACUUGCAAAAGCUUAGACUUGAGCUACAAAGGCAGAAGGGAGAAAUUGAGAGUGAUAAAAAGGCCCUUGAACAGGAGAGAAGGCAAAUGAAUGAGAAAUGGGCUGAGUUAGAAAGAGGAAAGGAUGAACUGGACUUGCAUGUUGAAAAACAAAGAGAAGAAGAUGAGAAACAGAAGGGAGCGAUAGGAAAAGAAUGUGAGUCUCUACAAAAGAUCAGGACAGAAACACUGACAGAAAAACAGGAAGUUGAAAAAGAAAUCAAAAGCCUGCAGCUGGAAAAGCAUCACCUAGAAGGCUUAUUGGCAGAUCUUGAAAAACAGCGUAAAGAAAAGGAAGAGUGGCAUCAGAUGGCAGGCACUGAGAGGACCCUGCUGGACCAGAGAGAAGCAGAAAUAAUGAAGCGGCAGAAAGAGGUGGAUGACAGUUGGGAAAUCAUGAGAAAAGACAGAAAUGAUAUUACGAAGAAGAAAAAUGAGGCUGAUGCACAAUGGAACCUGCUGGAGCAGCGAAUGUCGGAAAUAAUGAGUCAGCAGAAAGAGGUGGAUUACAAUAUGGAAGUCAUGAGAAAUGAGAGAAAUGAUCUUGUGCAGAUGAGGGCUGAAGCUGAUGCAGAAUGGAGCCUCCUGGAGCAAAGAAAGGCAGAAACAGUCAAGCAACAGAAAGAAGUGGAUUAUAAAUUGGAUAUCCUGAGAAAGGAGAGAAAUGACCUAGAGAAGAUGAGGGCUGAAACUCACGCACAAAGGAGCUUGCUGGACCAGAAAAAGCUGGAAAUAAUUAAGCAGCAGAAAGAGGUGGAUGACAGUUCGGAAGUCAUGAGAAAGGAAAGAAACGACCUGGAAAGAAUGAGGGCUGAAGCUGAUGCACAAAAGAACCUGCUGGACAAGAGAAAGACAGAAAUGAUGAAGCAGCAGAGAGAGCUGGAUGAUGGUUUUGAAGUCCUAAGAAAGGAGAGAAAUGACCUGGAGAAGAUGAGGGCAGAAGCUGAUGCACAGUUGAACUUGCUGGAAAGGAGAAAGGCAGAAAUGAUGAAGAAGCAGAAAGAGAUAGAUGACAGUCUGGAAGUCAGGAGAAAAGAGAUAAAUGAUCUUGCAAAGAUGAGAGCUGAAGCUGAUGCAGAAUGGAGCCUGAUGCAGCAGAGAAAGGUCGACACAAUGCAGAAGCAGAAAGAGGUGGAUGACAGUUUGGAAGUCCUAAGAAAGGGGAAAAAUGAUCUUGUGAAGAUGAGGGCUGAAACUGAUGCAAAGUGGAACCUGCUGGAGCAGAGAAAUGUGGAAAUAAUGAAGCAGCAGAAAGAGUUGGAUGACAGCUUGGAAGACCACAGAAAGGACAGAAAUGAACUGGAGAAACUUAGAGCUGAAAUUGAUGCACAGUGGAAUCUGCUGGAGCAGAGAAAUGUGGAAAUAAUGAAGCAGCAGAGAGAGGUGGAUGACAGUUUGGAAGUCCAACAGCAGGAGAGAAAUGACCUGGAGAAGAUGAGGGCUGAAGCUGAUGCAGACUGGAGCUUGCUGGAGCAGAGAAAUGUGGAAAUAAUUAAGCAGCAGAAAGAGUUGGAUGACAGUUCGGAAGUCAUGAGAAAGGAAAGAAACGACCUGGAAAGAAUGAGGGCUGAAGCUGAUGCACAAAAGAACCUGCUGGACAAGAGAAAGACAGAAAUGAUGAAGCAGCAGAGAGAGCUAGAUGACGGUUUUGAAGUCCUAAGAAAGGAGAGAAAUGACCUGGAGAAGAUGAGGGCAGAAGCUGAUGCACAGUUGAACUUGCUGGAAAGGAGAAAGGCAGAAAUGAUGAAGAAGCAGAAAGAGAUAGAUGACAGUCUGGAAGUCAGGAGAAAAGAGAUAAAUGAUCUUGCAAAGAUGAGAGCUGAAGCUGAUGCAGAAUGGAGCCUGAUGCAGCAGAGAAAGGUCGACACAAUGCAGAAGCAGAAAGAGGUGGAUGACAGUUUGGAAGUCCUAAGAAAGGAGAAAAAUGAUCUUGUGAAGAUGAGGGCUGAAACUGAUGCAAAGUGGAACCUGCUGGAGCAGAAAAAUGUGGAAAUAAUGAAGCAGCAGAAAGAGUUGGAUGACAGCUUGGAAGACCUCAGAAAGGACAGAAAUGAACUGGAGAAACUUAGAGCUGAAAUUGAUGCACAGUGGAAUCUGCUGGAGCAGAGAAAUGUGGAAAUAAUGAAGCAGCAGAGAGAGGUGGAUGACAGUCUGGAAGUCCAACGGCAGGAGAGAAAUGACCUGGAGAAGAUGAGGGCUGAAGCUGAUGCAGAAUGGAGCUUGCUGGAGCAGAGAAAGGUGGAAAUAAUGCGGCAACAGAAAGAGGUGGAUGGCAGUUUGGAAGUCCUCAGGAAGGACCGAAAUGACCUGGAGAGAGCGAGAGCAGAAGUUGAUGCUCAAUGGAGCCUGCUGGACCAUAAAAAGGUGGAAAUAAUCAAGCAGCAGAAAGAGGUGGAUGACAGCUUAGAAGACCUCAGAAAGGAGAGGAAUGAAUUGGAGAAAAUGAGGGCUGAAGCUGAGGCACUAAGGGUCCAAACUGAAGGACACCUAAGGGCACAGCUAAAGGGUGAGAGAGAAGAAAGUAACACUCUGAAGGCUGAGAUUGAAGUGGACAAACAAAGGUUACAGGAUGAGUGGAAAGACCUGGAGAAGACCAAGGCAGACCUAGCCAGAGACAUUGAGCAUUGGAAGAGGGUCUUGGACGAGACCACCAGGGAGAGAGAGAAAGUGCAGGAAAUGACAGUCCAAACUGAAAAGGAUAAGGAGGAAAUUGAGAGAGUAGUUGAGGAGACAAAGAAGGAAGAAGAGCACUUGCAAAAAUUCAGGCUUGAGCUACAAAGGCAGAAAGAAGAGAUUGAGAGUGAUAAAGAGGCCCUUGAACAGGAGAGAAGGCAAAUGAAUGAGAAAUGGGCUGAAUUAGAGAGAGGAAAGGAUGAACUGGACUUGCGUGUUGCAAAACAAGGAGAAGAAGAUGAGCAACAGAAGGGAAUGAUAGGAAAAGCAAGAGAGUCUCUACAACAGACCAGGAUGGAAACACUGACAGAAAAACAGGAAAUUGAAAAAGAAAUCAUAAACCUGAAGCUGGAAAAGGAACAUCUGGAAGGCUUACUGGCAGAUCUUGAAAAGCAACGUAAUCAAAAGGAAGAGUGGCAUCACAUGAUAGGUGCUGAGAGGACCCUGCUGGAGCAGAGAAAGGUGGAAAUAAUGAAAAAACAGAAAGAGUUGGAUGACAGUUGGGAAAUCAUGAGAAAAGACAGAAAUGAUAUUGCAAAGAAGAGGGCUGAAGCUGAUUCACAAUGGAUCCUGCUGGAGCAGAAAAGGAUGGAAAUAAUGAGUCAACAGAAAGAGGUAGAUUACAGUUUGGAAGUCCUAAGAAAGGAGAGAAAUGAUCUGGAGAGGAUGAGGGCUGAAGUUGGCCUGCUUGACCAGAGAAAAGCGGAAAUAAUUAAGCAACUGAAAGAGGUCAAUGACAGUGUGGAAGUCAUGAGAAUAGAGAGAAAUGAUCUUGAGAAGAUGAGGGCUGAAGCAGAUGCACAAUUCAGCCUGCUGGAGCAGAGAAAGGAGGAAAUAAUCAAGCAGCAGAAAGAGCUGGAUGACAGCUUGGAAGACCUCAGAAAGGAGAGGAAUAACCUGGAGAAGAUGAGGGCUGAAGCUGAUGCACAAUUCAGCCUGCUGGACAAGAGAAAGGCAGACAUGAUGAAGCAGCAGAAAGAGAUAGAUGACAGUUUGGAAGUCGUGAGAAAAGAGAGAAAUGAUCUUGCAAAGAUGAGGACUGAAGCUGAUGCACAAUGGAGCUUACUGAACCAUAGAAAGGUGGAAGUAAUCAAGCAACAGAAAGAGGUGGAUGACAGCUUGGAAAUCCUAAGAAAGGACAGAAAUGACCUGGAAAAGAUGAGGGCUGAAGCUGAUGCAGAGAGGAGCCUGCUGGACCAGAAAAAGCUGGAAAUAAUUAAGCAGCAGAAAGAGAUAGAUGACAGUUUGGAGGUCAGGAGAAAAGAGAUAAAUGAUCUUGCAAAUAUUAGGGCUGAAGCUGAUGCAGAAUGGAGCCUGCUGCAGCAGAGAAAGAUGGAAAUAAUCAAGCAGCAGAAAGAGUUGGAUGACACCUUGGAAGUCGUGAGAAAAGAGAGAAAUGAUCUUGCAAAAAUGAGGGCUGAAGCUGAUGCACAAUGGAGCUUGCUGAACGACAGAAAGGAGGAAGUAAUCAAGCAACAGAAAGAAGUAGAUGACAGCUUGGAAAUCCUAAGAAAGGACAGAAAUGACCUGGAGAAGAUGAGGGUUGAAGCUGAUGCAGAGAGGAGCCUGCUGGACCGGAAAAAGCUGGAAAUAAUUAAGCAGCAAAAAGAGGCGGAUUACAGUUUGGAAAUCAUGAAGAAGGAAAGAAAUGACCUGGAGAGGAUGAGGGCUGAAGCUGAUGCGCAGUUGGACCUGCUGGACAAGAGAAAGUCAGAAAUGAUGAAGCAGCAGAAAGAGAUGGAUGACAGUUUGGAGGUCAGGAGAAAAGAGAUAAAUGAUCUUGCGAAGAUUAGGGCUGAAGCUGAUGCAGAAUGGAGCCUGCUGCAGCAGAGAAAGAUGGAAAUAAUCAAGCAACAGAAAGAGGUGGAUGACAGCUUGGAAGGCAUGCGAAAUGAGAGAAAUGAUCUUGUGAAGAUGAGAGCUGACGCUGAUGCACAAUGGAGCUUCCUGGAGCAGAGAAAGUCAGAAAUGAUGAAGCAGCAGAAAGAGCUGGAUGAGAGAUCAGAACUCAUGAAAAAUGAGAGAAUUGAUCUUGCAAAGAUGAGAGCUGAAGCUGAUGCACAAAAGAAACUGCUGGACAAGAGAAAGGUGGACACAAUGCAGCAGCAGAAAGAGGUAGAUUACAGUUUGGAAGUCCUAAGAAAGGAGAGAAAUGAUCUGGAGAAGAUGAAGGCUGAAGAUGAUGUACAAAGAACCCUGCUUGACCAGAGAAAAGCGGAAAUAAUCAAGCAACAGAAAGAGGUCUAUGACAGUGUGGAAGUCAUGAGAAUAGAGAGAAAUGAUCUUGUGAAGAUGAGGGCUGAAGCUGAUGCACAAUGGAGCCUACUAGAGCAGAGAAAGGAAGAAAUAAUCAAGCAGCAGAAAGAGCUGGAUGUCAGCUUGGAAGACCUCAGAAAGGAGAGGAAUAACCUGGAGAAGAUGAGGGCUGAAGCUGACGCACAAUUCAGCCUACUGGACAAGCGAAAGGCAGACAUGAUGAAGCAGCAGAAAGAGUUGGAUGACACUUUGGAAGUCGUGAGAAAAGAGAGAAAUGAUCUUGCAAAAAUGAGGGCUGAAGCUGAUGCACAAUGGAGCUUGCUGAACCACAGAAAGGAGGAAGUAAUCAAGCAACAGAAAGAGGUAGAUGACAGCUUGGAAAUUCUAAGAAAGGACAGAAAUGACCUGGAGAAGAUGAAGGUUGAAGCUGAUGCAGAGAGGAGCCUGCUGGACCGGAAAAAGCUGGAAAUAAUUAAGCAGCAAAAAGAGGUGGAUUACAGUUUGGAAAUCAUGAAAAAGGAAAGAAAUGACCUGGAGAGGAUGAGGGCUGAAGCAGAUGCGCAGUUGGACCUGCUGGACAAGAGAAAGUCAGAAAUGAUGAAGCAGCAGAAAGAGAUAGAUGACAGUUUGGAGGUCAGGAGAAAAGAGAUAAAUGAUCUUGCGAAGAUUAGGGCUGAAGCUGAUGCAGAAUGGAGCCUGCUGCAGCAGAGAAAGAUGGAAAUAAUCAAGCAACAGAAAGAGGUGGAUGACAGUUUGGAAGGCAUGCGAAAUGAGAGAAAUGAUCUUGUGAAGAUGAGAGCUGACGCUGAUGCACAAUGGAGCUUCCUGGAGCAGAGAAAGUCAGAAAUGAUGAAGCAGCAGAAAGAGCUGGAUGAGAGAUCAGAACUCAUGAAAAAUGAGAGAAAUGAUCUUGCAAAGAUGAGAGCUGAAGCUGAUGCACAAAAGAAACUGCUGGACAAGAGAAAGGUGGACACAAUGCAGCAGCAGAAAGAGGUAGAUUACAGUUUGGAAGUCCUAAGAAAGGAGAGAAAUGAUCUGGAGAAGAUGAGGGCUGAAGAUGAUGUACAAAGAACCCUGCUUGACCAGAGAAAAGCGGAAAUAAUCAAGCAACAGAAAGAGGUCUAUGACAGUGUGGAAGUCAUGAGAAUAGAGAGAAAUGAUCUUGUGAAGAUGAGGGCUGAAGCUGAUGCACAAUGGAGCCUACUAGAGCAGAGAAAGGAAGAAAUAAUCAAGCAGCAGAAAGAGCUGGAUGACAGCUUGGAAGACCUCAGAAAGGAGAGGAAUAACCUGGAGAAGAUGAGGGCUGAAGCUGACGCACAAUUCAGCCUACUGGACAAGCGAAAGGCAGACAUGAUGAAGCAGCAGAAAGAGUUGGAUGACACUUUGGAAGUCGUGAGAAAAGAGAGAAAUGAUCUUGCAAAAAUGAGGGCUGAAGCUGAUGCACAAUGGAGCUUGCUGAACCACAGAAAGGAGGAAGUAAUCAAGCAACAGAAAGAGGUAGAUGACAGCUUGGAAAUCCUAAGAAAGGACAGAAAUGACCUGGAGAAGAUGAGGGUUGAAGCUGAUGCAGAGAGGAGCCUGCUGGACCGGAAAAAGCUGGAAAUAAUUAAGCAGCAAAAAGAGGUGGAUUACAGUUUGGAAAUCAUGAAAAAGGAAAGAAAUGACCUGGAGAGGAUGAGGGCUGAAGCAGAUGCGCAGUUGGACCUGCUGGACAAGAGAAAGGCAGAAAUGAUAAAGCAGCAGAAAGAGAUAGAUGACAGUUUGGAGGUCAGGAGAAAAGAGAUAAAUGAUCUUGCGAAGAUUAGGGCUGAAGCUGAUGCAGAAUGGAGCCUGCUGCAGCAGAGAAAGAUGGAAAUAAUCAAGCAACAGAAAGAGGUGGAUGACAGUUUGGAAGUCCUAAGAAAGGAGAGGAAUGAUCUGGAGAAAAUGAGGGCUGAGGCUGAUGCACAAUGGAAACUGCUGGAGCAGAGAAAGGUGGAAAUGAUCAAGCAGCAGAGAGAGGUGGCUGACAGUUUAGAAGAAAUAAGAAAUGAAAGCAAUCAUCUUGCAAAGAUGAGGGCUGAAGCUGAUGCACAAAAGAACCUGCUGGACCAGAAAAAGCUGGAAAUAAUGCAGCAGCAGAGAGAGGUGGAUGGCAGUUUGGAAAUUCUAAGAGAGGAGAGCAAUAAUCUGGAGAAGAUGAGGGCUGAAAUUGAUGCACAAAAGAACCUGCUUGAGCAGAGAAAGACAGAAAUAAUCAAGCAGCAGAAAGAGGUGCUUGACAGUUUGGAAGUAAUAAGAAAUGAAAGCAAUGAUCUUGUGAAGAUAAGGACUGAAGCUGAGGCUCAACAGAACCUGCUGGAGCAGAGAAAGGUGGAAAUAAUGCGGCAGCAAAAGGAGGUGGAUGGCAGUUUGGAAGUCGUAAAAAAGGAGAGAAAUGACCUGGAGAAAAUGAGGACUGAAAUUGAUAUACAGUGGAACCUGCUGGAGCAGAGAAAAACGGAAAUGAUCAAGCAGCAGAAAGAGUUGGAUGACACUUUGAAGGACCUCAGAAAGAAGAGAAAUGACCUGGAGAAGAUGAGGGCUGAAGCUGAUGCAGAAUGGAGCCUGCUGGAGCAGAGAAAGGCAGAAAUAGUCAAGCAGCAGAAAGAUAUGGAUGAGAGCUUGGAAGUCCAACGACAGCAGAGCAAUAAUCUAGAGAAUAUGAGGGCUGAAAUUGAUGCACAAAAGAACCUGCUUGAGCAGAGAAAGACAGAAAUAAUCAAGCAGCAGAAAGAGGUGCUUGACAGUUUCGAAACCUCAGAAAAGGAGAGAAAUGACCUGGAGAAAAUGAGGGCUGAAAUUGAUAUACAAUGGAACCUGCUGCAGCAGAGAAAAACAGAAAUAAUCAAUCAGCAGAAAGAGUUGGAUGACAGUUUGAAGGAUCUCAGAAAGAAGAGGAAUGACCUGGAAAAGAUGAGGGCUGAAGCUGAUGUAGAAUGGACUCUGCUGGAGGAGAGAAAGGCAGAAAUACUCAAGCAACAGAAAGAGCUGGAUGAGAGCUUGGAAGUCCAACGACAGGAGAAAAAUAAUCUGGAAAAGAUGAGAGCUGAAGCUGAUGCACAAUGGAGCCAGCUGGAGCAGAGAAAGGCAGAAAUAAUGAAGCAGCAGAAAGAGAUGGAUGACAGCUUGGAAGACGUAAAAAAGGAGAGGAAUGAUCUGGAGAAGAUGAGGGCUGAAGCUGAGGCACUAAGAGUCCAAACUGAAGAAGACUUAAGGGAAAUGCUAAAGGCUGAGAGAGAAGAAAUUGACAUUCUGAAGGCUGAGAUUGAAAUGGACAAACAAAAGUUACAGGGUGAGAGGAAAGACCUGGAGAAGACCAAGUCGGACAUAGCCAGAGAUGCUCAGCAUUUGAAAGACUUCUUGGAUGAGACCACCAGGGAGAGAGAGAAGGUACAGGAAAUGACAGUCCAAAUUGAAAAGGAUAAGGAGAAAAUUGAGAGAGUAAUUGAGGAGACAAAGAAGGAAAAGGAGGACUUGCAACAGUUCAGGCUUGAGCUACAAAGGCAGAAAGAAGAGAUUGAGAGUGAUAAAGAGGCCCUUGAACAGGAGAGAAGGCAAAUGAAUGAGAAAUGGGCUGAAUUAGAGAGAGGAAGGGAUGAACUGGACUUGCAUGUUGCAAAACAAAGGGAAGAAGAUGAGCACCAGAUGGAAGCCAUAGAAAAAGCAAGAGAGUCUCUGGAAAAGAUCAGGACGGAAACACUGACGGAAAAACAGGACGUUGAAAAAGAAAUCAAAAGCCUGAAGCUGGAAAAGGAGCAGCUGGAAUCCUUACAGGCAGAUCUUGAAAAGCAGCGUAAAGAAAAGGAAGAGUGGAAGCAGAUAAUAGAAGCUGAGAGGGCCCUUCUGGACGAGAGGAAGGCAGAAAUAAUCAAGCAGCAAGAAGAGGUGGAUGAUAGUUUGGAAGUAAUGAGAACUGAGAGAAAUGAUCUUGAGAAGAUGAGGGCUGAGGCUGAUGCAGAAUGGAGCCUGCUGGAGCAAAGAAAGGCAGAAAUAAUCAAGCAGCAGAAAGAGAUGGAUUACAGCUUGGAAGACCUCAGAAAGGAGAGGAAUGACCUGGAGAUAAUGAGGGCAGAAGCUGAUGCAGAAUGGAGCCUGCUGGAGCAAAGAAAGGCAGAAAUAAUCAAACAGCAGAAAGAAGUGGAUUACAGCUUGGAAGACCUCAGAAAGGAGAGGAAUGACCUGGAAAAGAUGAGGGCUGAAGCUGAUGCAGAAUGGAGCCUGCUGGAGCAGAGAAAGGCGGAAUUAAUCAAGCAGCAGAAAGAGAUGGAUGACAACUUGGACAUCCUAAAAAAGAACAGAAAUGACCUGGAGAGAAUGAGGGCAGAAGCUGAAGCAAAAUGGAUCCUGCUGGAGCAGAAAAGGGUGGAAAUAAUGAGUCAGCAGAAAGAGGUGGAUGACAACUUGGAAGUCCUAAAAAAGGAGAUGAAUGACCUGGAGAAAAGAAAGGCUGAAGCUAAGGCACUAAGGGUUGUAACUGUAAAAGAUGUAAGGGCAACGCUUAAGGGUGAGGGAGAAGAAAUUGACAUUCUGAAGGCUGAGAUACUCAAGGAAAAAGAAGAGGUGGAAACACUGAAAAAUACUGCAAAACUGCAGGAAGAGUUGGUAGACAUAGAGGCUAAACCAGAUGCACAUCAUAAAGAGAUUGAAGUGGAGAAACAAAAGUUACAGGAUGAGUGGAAAGACCUGGAGAAGACCAAGUCAGACAUAGCCAGAGACACUGAGCACUGGAAGAGGGUCUUGGAUGAGACCACAACUGAAAGAGAGAGAGUGUGGGAAAUGGCAGUCCAAAUUGAAAAGGAUAAGGAAGAAAUUGAAAGUGUAUUUGAGGAGGCAAAGAAGGAAAAGGAGGACUUACAAAAGUUUAAGCUUGAGCUACAAAGGCAGAAAGAAGAGAUUGAUAUGGAUAAAGAGGCCCUUGAACAGGAGAGAAGGCAAAUGAAUGAGAAAUGGGCUGAAUUAGAGAGAGGAAGGGAUGAACUGGACUUGCAUGUUGCAAAACAAAGGGAAGAAGAUGAGCACCAGAUAGAAGCCAUAGGAAAAGCAAGAGAGUCUCUGGAAAAGAUCAGGACAGAAACACUGAAAGAAAAACAGGAAGAUGAAAAAGAAAUCAAAAGCCUGAAGCUGCAAAAGGAGCAUCUGGAAGGCUUACUAGCAGAUCUUGAAAAGCAGCGUAAAGAAAAGGAAGAGUGGCAUCAGAUCAUAGGCGCUGAGAGGACCCUGCUUGACCAGAGAGAGGCAGAAAUAAUGAAGCUGCAGAGAGAGGUGGAUGACAGCUUGGAGGACCUCAGAAAGGAGAGGAAUGACCUGGAGAAGAUGAGGGCAGAUGCUGAUGCAGAAUGGAGCCUGCUGGAGCAGAGAAACGAGGAAUUAAUCAAGCAGCAGAAAGAGAUAGAUGACAGCUUGGAUGUCCUCAGAAAGGAGAGAACUGACCUAAAGAAGAUGAGGGCUGAAGCUGAGGCACUAAGAGUCCAAACUGCAGAAGAUGUAAGGGCAACGCUAAAGCGUGAGAGAGAAGAAAUCGACAUUCUGAAGGCUGAGACUGAAGUGGACAAACAAAAGUUACAGGAUGAGUGGAAAGACCUGGAGGAGUCCAAAGUGGACAUAUCCAGAGACGCUGCGCAUUUGAAAGACCUCUUGGAUGAGACCACCAGGGAGAGAGAGAAGGUACAGGAAAUGACAGUCCAAAUUGAAAAGGAUAAGGAGAAAAUUGAGAGAGUAAUUGAGGAGACAAAGAAGGAAAAGGAGGACUUGCAACAGUUCAGGCUUGAGCUACAAAGGCAGAAAGAAGAGAUUGAGAGUGAUAAAGAGGCCCUUGAACAGGAGAGAAGGCAAAUGAAUGAGAAAUGGGCUGAAUUAGAGAGAGGAAGGGAUGAACUGGACUUGCAUGUUGCAAAACAAAGGGAAGAAGAUGAGCACCAGAUGGAAGCCAUAGGAAAAGCAAGAGAGUCUCUGGAAAAGAUCAGGACGGAAACACUGACGGAAAAACAGGAGGUUGAAAAAGACAUCAAAAGCCUGAAGCUGGAAAAGGAGCAGCUGGAAUCCUUACUGGCAGUUCUUGAAAAGCAGCGUAAAGAAAAGGAAGAGUGGCAGCAGAUAAUAGAAGCUGAGAGGACCCUGCUGGACGAGAGGAAGGCAGAAAUAAUGAAGCAGCAAGAAGAGGUGGAUGAUAGUUUGGAAGUAAUGAGAACUGAGAGAAAUGAUCUUGAGAAGAUGAGGGCUGAGGCUGAUGCAGAAUGGAGCCUGCUGGAGCAAAGAAAGGCAGAAAUAAUCAAGCAGCAGAAAGAGAUGGAUUACAGCUUGGAAGACCUCAGAAAGGAGAGGAAUGACCUGGAGAGGAUGAGGGCUGAGGCAGAUGCAGAAUGGAGCCAGCUGGAACAGAGAAAGGCAGAAAUAAUCAAGCAGCAGAAAGAAGUGGAUGAUAGCUUGGAUGUCCUCAGAAAGGAGAGAAAUGACCUGGAGAAGAUGAGGGCUGAAGCUGAGCCACUAAGAGUCCAAACUGAAGAAGACGUAAGGGCAACGCUAAAGGGUGAGGGAGAAAUUGACAUCCGGAAGGCUGAGACUGAGGUGGACAAACAAAAGUUACAGGAUGAGUGGAAAGACCUGGAGCAGAGCAAGGUGGACAUAGCCAGAGACGCUGAGCAUUUGAAAGACCUCUUGGAUGAGACCACCAGGGAGAGAGAGAAAGUGCAGGAACUGGCAGUCCAAAUUGAAAAGGAUAAGGAGAAAAUUGAGAGUGUAAUUGAGGAGACAAAGAAGGAAAAGGAGGACUUGCAACAGUUCAGGCUUGAGCUACAAAGGCAGAAAGAAGAGAUUGAGAGGGAUAAAGAGGCCCUUGAACAGGAGAGAAAGCAGAUGAAUGAGAAAUGGGCUGAAUUAGAGAGAGGAAGGGAUGAACUGGACUUGCAUGUUGCAAAACAAAGGGAAGAAGAUGAGCACCAGAUGGAAGCCAUAGGAAAAGCAAGAGAGUCUCUGGAAAAGAUCGGGGCGGAAACACUGACGGAAAAAAAGGAAGAUGACAAAGAAAUCAAAAGCUUGAAGCUGGAGAAGGAGCAGCUAGAAUCCUUACUGGCAGAUCCUGAAAAGCAGCUUAAAGAAAUGGAAGAGUGGCAUCACAUGAUAGGCGCUGAGAGGACCCUGCUGGACGAGAGGAAGGCAGAAAUAAUGAAGCAGCAAGAAGAGGUGGAUGAUAGUUUGGAAGUCAUGAGGAAUGAGAGAAAUGAUCUUGAGAAGAUGAGAGCUGAGGCUAAUGCAGCAUGGAGCCAGCUGGAGCAGAGAAAGGCAGAAAUAAUCAAGCAGCAGAAAGAAGUGGAUGAUAACUUGGAGAACCUCAGAAAGGAGAGAAAUGACCUGGAGAAGAUGAGGGCUGAAGCUGAGCCACUAAGAGUCCAAACUGAAGAAGACGUAAGGGCAACGCUAAAGCGUGAGAGAGAAGAAAUCGACAUUUUGAAGGCUGAGACUGAGGUGGACAAACAAAAGUUACAGGAUGAGUGGAAAGACCUGGAGGAGACCAAAGUGGACAUAUCCAGAGACGCUGAGCAUUUGAAAGACCUCUUGGAUGAGACCACCAGGGAGAGAGAGAAAGUGCAGGAACUGGCAGUCCAAACUGAAAAGGAUAAGGAAAAAAUUGAGAGAGUGAUAACAGAGACAAAGAAGGAAAAGGAGGACUUGCAAAAGCUUAGGCUUGAGCUACAAAGGCAGAAAGAAGAGAUUGAGAGUGAUAAAGAGGCCCUUGAACAGGAGAGAAGGCAAAUGAAUGAGAAAUGGGCUGAAUUAGAGAGAGGAAGGGAUGAACUGGACUUGCAUGUUGCAAAACAAAGGGAAGAAGAUGAGCACCAGAUGGAAGCCAUAGGAAAAGCAAGAGAGUCUCUGGAAAAGAUCAGGACGGAAACACUGACAGAAAAACAGGAGGUUGAAAAAGACAUCAAAAGCCUGAAGCUGGAAAAGGAGCAUCUGGAAGGCUUACUGGCAGUUCUUGAAAAGCAGCGUAAAGAAAGGGAAGGGUGGCAGCAGAUAAUAGAAGCUGAGAGGGCCCUGCUGGACGAGAGGAAGGCAGAAAUAAUGAAGCAGCAAGAAGAGGUGGAUGAUAGUUUGGAAGUCAUGAGGAAUGAGAGAAAUGAUCUUGUGAAGAUGAGGGCUGAGGCUGAUGCAGCAUGGAGCCAGCUGGAGCAGAGAAAGGCAGAAAUAAUCAAGCAGCAGAAAGAAGUGGAUGACAGCUUGGAGAACCUCAGAAAGGAGAGAAAUGACCUGGAGAAGAUGAGGGCUGAAGCUGAGCCACUAAGAGUCCAAACUGAAGAAGACGUAAGGGCAACGCUAAAGCGUGAGAGAGAAGAAAUCGACAUUUUGAAGGCUCAGACUGAGGUGGACAAACAAAAGUUACAGGAUGAGUGGAAAGACCUGGAGGAGACCAAGGCAGACAUAGCCAGAGACGCUGAGCAUUUGAAAGACCUCUUGGAUGAGACCACCAGGGAGAGAGAGAAAGUGCAGGAACUGGCAGUCCAAAUUGAAAAGGAUAAGGAGGAAAUUGAGAGUGUAAUUGAGGAGACAAAGAAGGAAAAGGAGGACUUGCAAAAGUUCAGGCUUGAGCUACAAAGGCAGAAAGAAGAGACUGAGAGUGAUAAAGAGGCCCUUGAACAGGAGAGAAGGCAAAUGAAUGAGAAAUGGGCUGAAUUAGAGAGAGGAAGGGAUGAACUGGACUUGCAUGUUGCAAAACAAAGGAAAGAAGAUGAGCACCAGAUGGAAGCCAUAGGAAAAGCAAGAGAGUCUCUGGAAAAGAUCAGGACGGAAACACUGACAGAAAAACAGGAGGUUGAAAAAGACAUCAAAAGCCUGAAGCUGGAAAAGGAGCAUCUGGAAGGCUUACUGGCAGUUCUUGAAAAGCAGCGUAAAGAAAAGGAAGGGUGGCAGCAGAUAAUAGAAGCUGAGAGGGCCCUGCUGGACGAGAGGAAGGCAGAAAUAAUGAAGCAGCAAGAAGAGGUGGAUGAUAGUUUGGAAGUAAUGAGAACUGAGAGAAAUGAUCUUGUGAAGAUGAGGGCUGAGGCUGAUGCAGAAUGGAGCCUGCUGGAGCAAAGAAAGGCAGAAAUAAUCAAGCAGCAGAAAGAGAUGGAUUACAGCUUGGAAGACCUCAGAAAGGAGAGGAAUGACCUGGAGAGGAUGAGGGCUGAAGCAGAUGCAGAAUGGAGCCUGCUGGAACAGAGAAAGGCAGAAAUAAUCAAGCAGCAGAAAGAAGUGGAUGACAGCUUGGAGAACCUCAGAAAGGAGAGAAAUGACCUGGAGAAGAUGAGGGCUGAAGCUGAGCCACUAAGAGUCCAAACUGAAGAAGACGUAAGGGCAACGCUAAAGCGUGAGAGAGAAGAAAUCGACAUUUUGAAGGCUCAGACUGAGGUGGACAAACAAAAGUUACAGGAUGAGUGGAAAGACCUGGAGGAGACCAAGGCAGACAUAGCCAGAGACGCUGAGCAUUUGAAAGACCUCUUGGAUGAGACCACCAGGGAGAGAGAGAAAGUGCAGGAACUGGCAGUCCAAAUUGAAAAGGAUAAGGAGGAAAUUGAGAGUGUAAUUGAGGAGACAAAGAAGGAAAAGGAGGACUUGCAAAAGUUCAGGCUUGAGCUACAAAGGCAGAAAGAAGAGACUGAGAGUGAUAAAGAGGCCCUUGAACAGGAGAGAAGGCAAAUGAAUGAGAAAUGGGCUGAAUUAGAGAGAGGAAGGGAUGAACUGGACUUGCAUGUUGCAAAACAAAGGAAAGAAGAUGAGCACCAGAUGGAAGCCAUAGGAAAAGCAAGAGAGUCUCUGGAAAAGAUCAGGACAGAAACACUGACAGAAAAACAGGAGGUUGAAAAAGACAUCAAAAGCCUGAAGCUGGAAAAGGAGCAUCUGGAAGGCUUACUGGCAGUUCUUGAAAAGCAGCGUAAAGAAAAGGAAGGGUGGCAGCAGAUAAUAGAAGCUGAGAGGGCCCUGCUGGACGAGAGGAAGGCAGAAAUAAUGAAGCAGCAAGAAGAGGUGGAUGAUAGUUUGGAAGUAAUGAGAACUGAGAGAAAUGAUCUUGUGAAGAUGAGGGCUGAGGCUGAUGCAGAAUGGAGCCUGCUGGAGCAAAGAAAGGCAGAAAUAAUCAAGCAGCAGAAAGAGAUGGAUUACAGCUUGGAAGACCUCAGAAAGGAGAGGAAUGACCUGGAGAGGAUGAGGGCUGAAGCAGAUGCAGAAUGGAGCCUGCUGGAACAGAGAAAGGCAGAAAUAAUCAAGCAGCAGAAAGAAGUGGAUGAUAGCUUGGAUGUCCUCAGAAAGGAGAGAAAUGACCUAGAGAAGAUGAGGGCUGAAGCUGAGCCACUAAGAGUCCAAACUGAAGAAGACGUAAGGGCAACGCUAAAGGGUGAGGGAGAAAUUGACAUCCGGAAGGCUGAGACUGAGGUGGACAAACAAAAGUUACAGGAUGAGUGGAAAGACCUGGAGGAGACCAAGGUGGACAUAGCCAGAGACGCUGAGCAUUUGAAAGACCUCUUGGAUGAGACCACCAGGGAGAGAGAGAAAGUGCAGGAACUGGCAGUCCAAAUUGAAAAGGAUAAGGAGGAAAUUGAGAGUGUAAUUGAGGAGACAAAGAAGGAAAAGGAGGACUUGCAACAGUUCAGGCUUGAGCUACAAAGGCAGAAAGAAGAGAUUGAGAGGGAUAAAGAGGCCCUUGAACAGGAGAGAAAGCAGAUGAAUGAGAAAUGGGCUGAAUUAGAGAGAAGAAGGGAUGAACUGGACUUGCAUGUUGGAAAACAAAGGGAAGAAGAUGAGCACCAGAUGGAAGCCAUAGGAAAAGCAAGAGAGUCUCUGGAAAAGAUCGGGGCGGAAACACUGACGGAAAAAAAGGAAGAUGACAAAGAAAUCAAAAGCUUGAAGCUGGAGAAGGAGCAGCUAGAAUCCUUACUGGCAGAUCCUGAAAAGCAGCUUAAAGAAAUGGAAGAGUGGCAUCAGAUGAUAGGCGCUGAGAGGACCCUGCUGGAUGAGAGGAAGGCAGAAAUAAUGAAGCAGCAAGAAGAGGUGGAUGAUAGUUUGGAAGUCAUGAGGAAUGAGAGAAAUGAUCUUGAGAAGAUGAGGGCUGAGGCUGAUGCAGAAUGGAGCCAGCUGGAGCAAAGAAAGGAAGAAAUAAUCAAGCAGCAGAAAGAAGUGGAUGACAGCUUGGAGAACCUCAGAAAGGAGAGAAAUGACCUGGAGAAGAUGAGGGCUGAAGCUGAGCCAAUAAGAGUCCAAACUGAAGAAGACGUAAGGGCAACGCUAAAGGGUGAGGGAGAAAUUGACAUCCGGAAGGCUGAGACUGAGGUCGACAAACAAAAGUUACAGGAUGAGUGGAAAGACCUGGAGCAGAGCAAGGUGGACAUAGCCAGAGACGCUGAGCAUUUGAAAGACCUCUUGGAUAAGACCACCAGGGAGAGAGAGAAAGUGCAGGAACUGGCAGUCCAAAUUGAAAAGGAUAAGGAGAAAAUUGAUAGUGUAAUUGAGGAGACAAAGAAGGAAAAGGAGGACUUGCAACAGUUCAGGCUUGAGCUACAAAGGCAGAAAGAAGAGAUUGAGAGGGAUAAAGAGGCCCUUGAACAGGAGAGAAAGCAGAUGAAUGAGAAAUGGGCUGAAUUAGAGAGAGGAAGGGAUGAACUGGACUUGCAUGUUGCAAAACAAAGGGAAGAAGAUGAGCACCAGAUGGAAGCCAUAGGAAUAGCAAGAGAGUCUCUGGAAAAGAUCGGGACGGAAACACUGACAGAAAAACAGGAGGUUGAAAAAGACAUCAAAAGCCUGAAGCUGGAAAAGGAGCAUCUGGAAGGCUUACUGGCAGUUCUUGAAAAGCAGCGUAAAGAAAAGGAAGGGUGGCAGCAGAUAAUAGAAGCUGAGAGGGCCCUGCUGGACGAGAGGAAGGCAGAAAUAAUGAAGCAGCAAGAAGAGGUGGAUGAUAGUUUGGAAGUCAUGAGGAAUGAGAGAAAUGAUCUUGAGAAGAUGAGGGCUGAGGCUAAUGCAGCAUGGAGCCAGCUGGAGCAGAGAAAGGCAGAAAUAAUCAAGCAGCAGAAAGAAGUGGAUGAUAACUUGGAGAACCUCAGAAAGGAGAGAAAUGACCUGGAGAAGAUGAGGGCUGAAGCUGAGCCACUAAGAGUCCAAACUGAAGAAGACGUAAGGGCAACGCUAAAGCGUGAGAGAGAAGAAAUCGACAUUUUGAAGGCUGAGACUGAGGUGGACAAACAAAAGUUACAGGAUGAGUGGAAAGACCUGGAGGAGACCAAAGUGGACAUAUCCAGAGACGCUGAGCAUUUGAAAGACCUCUUGGAUGAGACCACCAGGGAGAGAGAGAAAGUGCAGGAACUGGCAGUCCAAACUGAAAAGGAUAAGGAGAAAAUUGAGAGAGUGAUAACUAGAGACAAAGAAGGAAAAGGAGGACUUGCAAAAGUUCAGACUUGA